AUGGCCCCUCUGGGGCAUAUUUUCAAGUACCUGGGUGUGGUCUAUGAUCAGACAGCUGCCAUGGCUGAUUUAAAGGCAUCUUUUUUCCAGACAGGCUUGCCAGCAGAGAGGCGCAAAAGGUUCCGUUGUCGUACGGAAAAGGGUGCACUGGUCGAGGCCACGCGACACCCCAUGGGGUAUAAAUGUAGUCCAGAAAUCGUGCAUACCAUCACAAGGGUUUUGGUGGGUGACCCUAAAGCCGUUAGGCCGCGUUGCGAAGCCACACCAGAGCUAGCCCUACACGUGUGGAUUGACAAUAUUCGUAUCACAGGGCCGUGUAAAAGCGUAGAUUUUCUUGGGGAACACGAUUGCGAAAAACAUGCGCGAUUGCGGUGCGACGGUGGGAGGGCACUAGGCCUUCACAGCGCGUUGUGA